CCUGACGCGCGGGCAGCUGGAGCCGCCGGCCUGGGGGGUCCCCAGCCAGGCGGGCAGCUCCCCCCCACCCCAGGUCCAGCGAUGAGCGGGUCUUUCGACAAGAAGCUCUCCAGCAUCCUCACCGACCUCUCGGGCUCACUGAGCUGCCAUGCUGCCUCCAAGGACUCUCCCACCUUACCCGAGUCCUCCGUCACCGAUCUGGGCUACUACACCAGCCAGCACGACUACUACCCGGGCCAGUCCUACAGCCAGCCCGUGAGCCACUACCCCUACCACCAGUUCAACCUCAACGGCAUCGGUGCCGCCGGCACCUACUCGCCCAAAUCCGACUAUUCCUACAGCCCUUCCUACCGCCAGUACAGCCACUACAGGGACCAGCAGCUCCCAGCCCAAGAAGCAGUGUCGGUGAAGGAGGAGCCGGAGCCAGAGGUGCGGAUGGUCAAUGGGAAACCCAAGAAGAUCCGCAAGCCCCGCACCAUCUACUCCAGCUAUCAACUGGCGGCUCUGCAACGCCGCUUCCAGAAAGCCCAGUACCUGGCCCUGCCCGAGCGGGCUGAACUGGCCGCCCAGCUGGGGCUCACCCAGACCCAGGUGAAGAUCUGGUUCCAGAACCGUCGCUCCAAGUUCAAGAAGCUGUACAAGAACGGCGAGGUGCCGCUGGAGCACAGCCCCAACAACAGCGACUCCAUGGCCUGCAACUCUCCCCCCUCCCCGGCCGUCUGGGACAGUAACUCGCACGGCAGCACACCGGGCCGGACCCCGCUCCCGCAGCCGCUUCCCUACAGCUCUUCCCCGGGCUUUUUGGAGGAGCACAACCCCUGGUAUCACCCCCAGACCCUCAGUGGACCCCAUGGACCCCACCAGCCGCCACCAGCCACCACGAUGCAUCACACCUCCCCGGGGCCUCCCCCCAGCACCGGUGCCGUCUACUAACAGCCCGGAGCCAGACAAGGAACAAGAGACAGUGGCAGAACUCCUUUGCCUCCUUUCCCCCCCCCGUACAUUUUUUGGUUUUUCUUUUUUCUUUUUCUUUUUUUUUUUUUUUAAAAGGUCACCUGUGUACACGCACCCCUAGAUAUACACUUAUAUAUCCUAUCCUCUCCCAGCUCAUCUCAGGAACAAGAGGACUGCAAAGGGUUAAACUUGUUAGCUCCCAGCCCAGGGCGGUCAAGGAAAAGGUGGUGAAUUCUUCUUAUGCAUUUUUUUUCUUUUUCCAUCACCCCCUAAUAAAAACGGCCCCCGAGGAGCCACAAUCCACUGGGAGCUCCUCGCAGGAGCUUUGCUUCUUGGGGCCACCCUGGUGAGCUGCCCUGGGGGGGCUGCCCCCGCUGCCACCCCCCAGCGCCCCCACCCCACGCAAGCACCAGUGGGCACCCAGGAGGGGCACCCGGAGCACCCACACCCCAGCCAGGAUGGAGCCUGUGGGGAGGAGGACGCGGCGUCGCAGCGCGUGGGUGCCCAUUGCCGACGCCAAAGGAGCGGGAUGCGCUUAGCCCUCAUGGCACCCGACAUCUGGGGACCCGGAGCAAUUCAGGGGGGUCACGGACACCCUGCAGGAGCAAACCAGGACCCCCAGCCUGGCCUCUUCUGUGGCAGCUUUGUGGGAAUCGCCCGGGACGAUGCUCAGACAAUAAGGUGGUUAUUUAAAAAUAAAUAAAAAGUGUGUGGGGAGAAAAUAUUUUAAUAUUUAAACAGUUCAGGAAUGGCUUAAGUUAUUUUUUAAAGAGAAAAAUCAUGCUAAUGUCCGUUUUCUAACAGCGCUUCCGUCUGUGUCAGUUAAGCUAAUGGCGAAGCAGAAUGCCUAUUUUUUAAAUAAGUUGACAACACAUUUUAAAGAAAAAAAAAACUUCUUUACUAUUUUUUAAGAGAAUGAUGCUAUUUUUUUAGAAGCAGAAAGUGCAGUUUUAAGAAGUGUUCAUAUGUGUUGUACAGUCCCGAGGAUCUUAUUUAUGUUGCCUUAUAUAAAUAGGGAUGUAUGGGGGAAUAAAAGAGUGUGUACAUAAGGUUCGUUUGUAUAAAGUUGAUCCAAACCAAACUGGUUUCGGUCUGGUUUUUUGUUCACUUCUUUUUAAAGGAAAAAAAUAAUAAUA